AAAGCAAAACUGUCAGAAUCCCUUCGUCAGAAUUAUUUUCUCCCGUCCAACAGCAGAUUGAUCCGGAGAGUUUUCUCUGCGUUCGACGAUUGUGAUUGUGUGAUAACCACCAGCUAGCCAUGAGAAUUCCACUGGGCAGAAAACAAGCCGAGCAGGCCACCAGAUGGGUUUCUUCGGCCACAGGAUUUGGAGCAGCAGCGGCCUUGGCGGGAUGCUACUUCACCGACUGGAAAGUCAUCGUUACGUACAUCCCAUUCUAUGGUGGCAAGUUUAAGGAGUAAUGAGGACUGCAUUCAUAUUGGACAGUACCUUGUAAAACAGGGAGGUUCUUUUACGUUCAACUCGAAUUGCGAAAACAUACUAGCGUAUUUAGACAGGAACAACUGCUGUUCCCGUUAUUUGUUCCAAACAAAUGAAACACUUAUAAAUCAUGUGCGCCAAAUUGUAGUAAAAUGAGUUGGAAUAAAUUAACUUCGAGCUGCGAA